AAAAAUGAGGUCGCGCACCUUUCCAAAAACUUUCAAGCAACCAGAAAGCAAAACGAAGGGACAUUUUGGAGGGUGCUUCUCACUCGAGGUAGUAGCCAGCAAAGGAAGGAGAAUCUUUGUCAGUUACUAGGGUACUGUAGUUAGUUAGAGUGGGUGGUAUUCCGCAACAAUAAUGUCAUCGUCCUCCUCUUCUUCUUAUUGUUGGUGGCCCAACCACAUUACGGUGUGGACCAUUCUUCGCGUGACCCUCUUGUCCGUCGCAGCCCUCGUGUCGUGGCACGCAUUGAACGAUCCCGAUUUUGUGCCGAAAAUAAUGGAUGGCGGAGGGUGGAGAUACUUUGCCCGGUGGAUGGGACGAUGUAUUCGAGAUCCACCCGAAACGCCCUUUGCGCAAGACGAUCAGAACAUUCUCUUUAUUGGGAACAGUUACACAGGGUACUAUGAACUGGAUCAAUUGACACAAGCUGUCAUGGUCAAUGGACAGCAACAGCAACAGCAACGGCAAACAGAAGAUCCCACGAGUGCUAGCAGCAGUAGUAGUCCGUGGGACACUGCCACUAUCAACGUCGAGAGUCACUUUCCAGGAGGUCAAACCUUCCAGGGACACUGGAAAGGAUUGACACGACCUCCUUUUCUCGGUAAACAUCACGUGAUGCACAAGUGGCUCGUGUCCAACGCCGAUAUUCGACACUGGAAAUGGAUCUUUCUGCAAAAUCAUUCCCUACAAGGUGGAAUGUACCAGUCUCCCGACUCCAAACGCCAAGAAACCUACCAACAAUCCUUGCAAGCCGCCCAGGAAAUGAUACAGGUCAUUCGACAACACAAUCCAUCCGCACAAUUCUGCUUUUUCAUGACGUGGGGACGACGGAAAUGGUACCGUGGUAUUCCCAAAGAGUACAAGGAUUUUCUCACCAUGCAAGACUUGACGGCACAAGGAUAUCAACACUACGUCCACGCCACUUCCAACGAACAACAACAACAAACCUAUUUGGCACCUGUGGGACUCGUCUUUGCCACCAUUUACCGCGACGACGCUGCUGCUGCUGGCAAUAAGGAUCCGAGUCAAGAUCCCACCACGCUCUUUUAUCAAUUGCUCGAUUACGAAGGACAUCAUCCCGCACUGCCGGGAAGCUACGCGGCGGCUGUCACAUUCUACGAAACCUUGACGGGCAAAGAUGCUACCCAAUUGACGUGGGCGCCACCCAAGGGAGUCACACACGAACAAGCCGUUCGGAUUCGAGAGGCCGUGCAUCGGACCAUUCAAGACACGGCCCGACAAGGGAUUAUUCGAUAUCCGUGGCAAGAACAAACGACGAACAAAGCGGAAGAAUCCACCAUCACUGCCACCACCAAGACAGAGGAAAGCAGCAACAAAAACAACAAUCCGUGA